AAACGUUGAAUCGCCAGAAAAUGAAACUUUUAAAUCCAUAGAAACUAGCGACAAGUUUUUGGAGUGGUAUAGCAAUUUGGAAGCAAAGUGGAUUCACAAAGAUGAUGCUGUCUAUGAAAAUUAUGUAAAACAACUAUCUGAAGAAUAUGAACAGUGUACAAACCUCUUAUUGCAGGUUGAUUCAGCAUUAUCCAACCUCAAUCUACUGAGUAAGAAAUAUAAACAGGUUUCUAAUAAAACAAAUUCAUUGCAUCAAGUUAGCAACGACCUCUUAGCUGAGCAGACCAAACUAAUGAAAAUCAAUGAUGAUGUAACUGAACGACUUCAUCAUUUCAAGGCUAUAUUUCAGAUAGCACAAAGGUUGGAUUCACCUACUUUGGCUGUAACCAGUCCUACAUUUUCUGAUCUACUUGAUCAGAUUGACCAGGCAAUUGGCUACAUGAAGCUGCAUGACAAGUACAAAGAGUGUGCAGUGUACAGUGCGCGCUACCAGCACUGCCUGGCCAAGGCGGUGUCGCUACUUCGUUCGUUUGUGUUGAACACGUUUGUGGCGGCGCGACAGCAGACGCAUGCGCAAGCGCAGGCAUGUCCUACAUCGGAUGCCAGCCACUAUGCGCGUUUCCAGGCCUCCACCACCCGGGUCAAGCCGCUCUUGGCCAUGAUCGAACAGAGGAGAAGUGUUCUACCAGAGUAUGAGGAGCUGCUAGUCGAGUUCCAGCAAUGCUACCUGGAUCAGCGACAACAGCUGAUGAAGCCGGCCGCCGAGCAGACAGUCGAAGAGUUGGCAGAGACCUACCGAGCCGACUACUGCUCGUUCACGCGAUCUGCCUGUGCCUUCUUGAUUCACGUGUCGCAGGACGAGCUUCGUCUCUAUCAUCAGUUCUUCACCCAGCCAACACCUUUAUUCACGCAAUAUUUGGAAUCAGUUUGUAUGAGUUUAUACGACAAAUUACGUCCUAUGGUUGUCCAUAUGAAGCACUUGGAGACUUUGGCUGAACUCUGUUCGAUUUUGAGGAUUGAGAUGCUACAAGACCACGUGCAAAAUAACACUGUUGCCUUAGAAGCGUUUGGAUCAGUUGCUGAACAACUUUUGCAGGAUGUUCAGGAACGACUUGUAUUUAGAGCCCAUCUCUACCUAAAAACAGAUAUUGCUAUGUACAGGCCUUCUCCUGGAGAUUUAGCUUAUCCAGAAAAGCUUGAAAUGAUGGAGAAAAUAGCUCAAUCACUUCACGAACAGGAAUUAGUCGCCCUUAGCAGGUGCGAAUCCAGAGCUUCUUUGAUAUCGAUUGGAUCGUCCACAUCGCAAGAGGUCGCUCAUCUCAACUCACAAAGAAAUGCUCUAAGUUCUCCGGGAGAUUUGCAUGGAAUGUGGUACCCUCCUCUACGAAGGACGUUGGUCUGUCUGUCAAGACUGUACAGAUGUGUUGAAAGGCCUAUUUUCCAAGGGCUCUCUCAGGAGGCUCUAUCCUUGUGCAUUCAAAGUAUAAGCGAGGCUGCCGAAACUAUUGCAUCAACCAAGAGCCCAAUGGAUGGAGAACUAUUCAAAAUAAAACAUCUACUAAUUUUGCGGGAGCAGAUUGCACCAUUUCAAGUGGACUUUGCUGUCAAAGAAAUGAGUUUGGAUUUUAGUAAAAUGAAAACGGCAGCAUUUGAUCUGCUACAGAAACGCGGAUCUUUGUUCUCCAGCGAUUCCCUACUUCAAUUUCUGUUGGAAGGAUCACCUCUUGUUCGCGAGCAUUGGCUCGACUCAAGAAAGGAUGUCGACAAAAAUCUCAAACAUUCUUGUGAGACAUUCAUUAACCAUGCCACUCAUUUCAUUGUGGGGCCACUCACAUAUUUUCUGGAAAAGGUGGCACAAUACCAAGGAAAUGAUUUGAGAAACGAGAGCUGGGCUCGUGCGGCCCAAGUCAGUGCAAUAGUGCAGGGUGUCACGCGCAGCAUCAAAACAAGGCUGCCCAGCAUCCAGCGAUCCAUGCAGCUCUACUUGGCCAACAGGGAUACUGAGUUCAUCAUCUACCGCCCUAUCAAGAACAAUAUAGUGGCGACUCUAUCGAAACUGCAGCAACUGUUGAGUAGCGGCACAAGCGGCUUCACGCCCGAGGACAGAAUAGUGAUAGCGUGCCCCACUCCCGAGCAGGUCACCAUUCUAUUAUCAUCCACGUCGCUUGUAGCCGCUCAAAAAGCAGCCGCCUCUGAAGAUGUGCCCACAAUCAGUGAAAAUACAGAACAUGAUAACAGUAGUGAAAAUACAAGGUCACAACUUGAUGAACGAAAUCAGAAUGGCAAUAGUGAAAGUGAAGUUGUAAGUAAUGACCCUACCGUAUCAUCGAAUGCACAAACUGAAGACUCUAACCGGAAUUUAGAUGAAAGUAAACCUACAGAAAAUCAAGUGAAAACUGUAUAGUAUUUGCAAAAAUCUUUAACAAAAACACAGAAAUAGAAUAAUAAAUAACUAGUGCCUCAAAUAAUGAUGUCUUACAGUUGAAGAGGUAAAACUGUUUUUAAAAGCUCACAAAUAUUGCUUUGUUAUACUUUUACCAGUAUUUAUGCGGCAACAUUGAAAAAUAAUUUCUGAUUUAUCCAUCAUGACAAUUUUGUUGAAGUGCACUAGCUAUUUGGAAAAUCAGUGAGACAAUUUCAAUUCCAAACCUGGAUUGGAAUUUAAAAAUAGUAUAUCCGCUUCAGCUAAGAGCUUUAUCAAUGGAAGUAGAAAGAUUGCUAGUUUUACAGGCAUAAUCUACUGUUUAAAAAGUGUAUUUGAUGGUUUUGAGAAAAUAUUGUGAAUAUACUGUGAUUGAGAUUUAUUCAAAUAUUUAUAGUGUAGGUUGCACAAACGUUGAUCAGAUUGAGAUCUACAAAAAUGAUAAUGGAAGUGGUCCAAGUAACAAUUGAGCUAGAUUCCCAUUUAUCUGAGUCCGUUUCCGGUUCAGUGGAAACAUUCUUCCCAUGAAUUCUAAUAAGACUAUUAAUAGCUGUUCGGUCAGGUUGAAUAGACAUAAUCCCAUUAGAAAUCAUGAGAUCAAUAUUUUCACUGUACCAGAUACGGACACUGAUACUGAUGUAUGUGAAUCCAGCUUUAUGCUUUUACUGGGUUGACGAUUGAACUCUGAUCGACAUUAGUGCAACUGGCAUUUUACUGUUGCAAUUGAAUUAAUAGUUUUAGGUAAUAUUUAUAUAGAAAUUGAGUUUUAUUUAUUGAAAUAAAUUAUAAUUUUAUUCCACCAA